UCCUGUCGGCCGCGUCCUAGUUGGUUGGACCAGCUUGUAACCGGGAGGGAGGGGAAGCUUGUUUGCUUGGAGGAUCUCCGCGCUCUGCAGGGUAAACGGUGGUGAGAUUCUCCCCGGAGACUCUCCUCCGCAGCCUGCGCUCGGCCCAGCCUUCUCUCUCCAGCUGUCACCCCGGUCUGGAGGCACUUGCCUCCGCCCUCCCGAAUGGUGCGCCUCCUCGCAGGCCUCGGCCCAGGAUCCAGGCCCCCUUUGCCCCCUGCCUCGGAGCAGCAGCUCGGGGUUCCUCCUGGUGGGCUGCGUGUGGCUGGGAGGGAAGAACUUUUGCGCAGACAAGGCUGUAGCUCUAGGAACCCCGCUGACGACUUGAAUCUCGGCCUUUAACCGCCUGUGAGGUUCUUCCUGUGCUCCUUUACCAGUGUUUGAGAAGAGAACCUUUGCCACCCAGAGCCCAGGGAACCUCAAGCUGGGGCCCUGGUCCCAGCAUGUUCAUCCUGUCUUGUGCCUAGGGCUGUGCCGUCUCCAGGUCGGCAUGGCUGAGCUCAGGCAGGUUCCAGGGGGGCGGGAGACCCCCCAGGGAGAGCUGCGGCCAGACGUUGUAGAGGAUGAAGUUCCUCCCAGCCCAGUGGCAGAGGAGUCCCGAGGCGGUGGGAGCAACAGUAGUGAGGCCAAAUUGUCCCCAAGAGAAGAUGAAGAGCUGGACCCUAGAAUACAGGAGGAGUUGGAGCAGCUGAACCAGGCCAGCGCGGACAUCAACCAGGCAGAGCUGCAGCUGGAUGAGGCCAGGACCACCUACCGGAGGACCCUGCAGGAGUCUGCGAGGAAGCUCAACACGCAGGGCUCCCACUUGGGGAGCUGCAUCGAGAAGGCCCGGCCCUACUAUGAGGCCCGGCGGAUGGCCAAGGAGGCCCAGCAGGAGACACAGACGGCCCUGCGAUACGAGCGGGCUGUGAGCAUGCACAAUGCUGCCCGGGAGAUGGUGUUUGUGGCCGAAGCAGGGGUCAUGGCCGACAAGAACCGGCUGGACCACUGGCAAGAGAUGCUCAACCACGCCACCUGCAAGGUUGAGACAGGCAGCGCUGGCAGGAUGAACGAGGCAGAGGAGGAGCGGCUUCGUGCGAGCGGGAAACCGCGGGUGACACGGCUGUGCCAGCAGGCAGAGGCGGGUGUGCAGGCCCUGCAGAAGACCCUCGCGCGCGCAAUUGGCAAGAGCCGCCCCUACUUUGAGCUUAAGGCCCAGUUCAGCCAGAUCCAUGAGGAGCAUAAAGCCAGGGUGACAGAGCUGGAGCAGCAGGUGGCCCAGGCCAAGACCCGAUACUCGGUGGCCCUGCGCAACCUGGAGCAGAUCAGCGAGCAGAUCCAUGCGCGGCGCCGCGGCCCCCCUCAGCCCCCGGGCCCACGGCGCUCCUCCCCAGUGGGUGCUGAGGCUGUGCCGGACGGACAGCGAGGACGGGACAGCGGGAUACUUGAAGGGGCUGAGGGUGGGGCAUCAGAGGGAGGCCUGGGGUCUGGCCACCCCGACGCGGACACCUGGAGCCUGCUGAGCAUGCGCACCGUGGCCUCGGAUCUGCAGAAGUGCGACUCAGUGGAGCACCUGCGGGGCUUGUCAGACCACGCCAGCCUGGACGGCCAUGAGCUGGGGCCUCGGAGCGGGAGCGGGAGCGGGAGCGGGAGCCGCGGGGGCCGCCACCAGCGCAGCAUCAGCCUAUAGCCUGCAUCAGGGCGGCCCUCGUGGGUGAGGAGACUCUGACUCCUGUCCUGGGCCCUCGGUUCCCCUGCAGAGGUCUGGUUGGCUGUGUCAACCCUGUCAGGUCCACCCCCCUCAAAGUGUCACAGGUGACACCUCUGCCUUGCCCCUUUAGGCUUUUCUCUGGCCCUCAUGUCCUUCCUUCCUCCUGGCUCCUCACGGUCCACACCCUUUGCUGCCUCAUUCUGACUCCUGUCCUUCAAUCUGGCCAUCCCCCUCAGGGAACUUGGUCCAGAAGGCACAGGGAGGCCCAUCCCAGGUGGGCGCUGGAGCUGCGUGGAUGGCUUCCCUCCCAAGGGCCCUAGUGUGUGGCAGAGCCCUCCUGACAACCCUGUGCUCCAUCCAGUCUGCCCAUGUGUAACCUGCGAGAUGCCUCUGGAGACACCACCCCAGCCCCUUCAGUGCUCCCCGCUCACAACCCAGGCCACUUAGCGUGCCCCACAGUGGGACUUGAGGGUGAAACCCAACACCAGUGUCAAUGUGGGGGACAUCACCAACUCCACACAGGCUCCCAUGUGCAUGGCGUUUUUCCAACAGGACUGGGCCCUUCGCGUCACCCACGGUGCUAUUGGGCCUGUAAUGGUCCUGGGUGGGGUGGAGAUGUAAGGAGGUUCUGGUGGCUGAGGCCCUGGCCAGCCCUGCCUCCGAGUAGGCCUGUACUAUUCUGGGUAGAGGUUGCUGCGCCCAGUCUCUGCGCCCCUUGCAGGACAGAGUGGGGAAUCUGGUGCUCUUCUCCCAACCCAACCAACCUAUUCCACGGUCCCCUGGGGAAUGCUCAGGUGUGGCUGCCCAGCUCCCCGAAUGUGGGGAAGGGGCCUGCCCUCCGCAGGGGGCAGCUCCAGGGUCGGGUGGUGCUGCCUGCUGCUGUGUGUUGGGGGACAAGAUGGGGAAUCCACACCAGGUCUGGGUGCCUUGGGGAACUGGUCCUUCUGUCCCGCCCUGGGAGGUCCGAUGGCUGGACUCUGGGCAGGAGGGCUGAUGCCUAGGUCUGUUGCACUGCCGUCGACGGGAGCAGUGGACCUUCACAUGGAAGGUGUCUGUUACAGGGUUCAGACAGGGUGGUCACAGUGAGAACCACUGGGUUUGAGGUGGCCGUGGGCGUGCAUGUGCUACUGUGUGGGAAAAGGGUCUGCCCUUGAUUUUAUUUAAAUAAAAUAGUUUACGUAACA